ACGGUGAAUGUGAUUUAAAUAGAGGACAAUAGAAUAGAAUUUCUUCAGUCAUCGUUUAUUUUGUUGUCCUUGUACGCUCGAAGAAUCAUUUCUUUAUUUUUCUUUACUAUUAACAAAGAGAGGUUAAAAUCGUAUUGUUUUUCUAUUCUUGUACUGUUUGUUUUUGCGCAGCAUUUAUUGCUUCGAGAUUCCUCCCGUUUCAAGUCCUUCCUUCGUUCAUAGAUACAGAUCGACUCACCUUUUCAAGUUAUUUACAUACGUCGAUACGUCCAUAGAUACAUACAUACAUACAGCCAGCCGUCUUUAGCAAGCAAAGCAUAUAAGCAUAUAAGCAUACAAUAUUUCAGCAGGUCUGAUCAUCAACAUUACACACCAAACACAUACACAAGUAACAGGAACUUAAUCUCAACAAACUUCAAGAUGCAGUUUACCAGCAACGUCGCUCUCGCAGCAUUCCUUUGCGCUUCUACUAUCAACGCACACUUGUCGCUCACUUACCCACCUCCCUUCCGUUCUGCCCUCAAUCCUAAUGCCGUCCAGUCCCAGAUCGACUACAGCAUUACGGCUCCGCUCGCAUCCUCAGGUUCAAACUUCCCUUGCAAGUAUAAUGACAUGGGUACACCUGGAGGAAAAUCCGUCGCCACUUGGGCUGCAGGUGCGACUGCAAACUGGACAGUCGGAACCGGUGCCCUGCACGGUGGAGGAUCUUGUCAAGUCGCACUCUCCUACGACUCUGGCAAGACAUUCCGAGUCAUACAUUCCUAUAUUGGAAGUUGUCCUGCCGCGGUAGGUGCAAGUGCGGACUUUACUGUUCCUGCCGAUGCUCCUGCCGGAGAAGCCAUGUUUGCAUGGACUUGGCAAAAUCAAAUCGGCAAUCGUGAGUUUUACAUGUCUUGUGCUUCAGUCACCAUCGAAGCUUCUGGAUCAAAGGCUCGCGCAGCUCCAGCCGUCGCCUUUUCUUCCCGUCCUGAUCUUUUCCUUGUGAAUCUUGGAAAUGGAUGCACAUCUGUGGAAAGCAAGGCCGUCAACUACCCAAAUCCAGGUCCAGAUGCAGAUGUCACACGUAAAUCCUCAGAAUCAGGUACCUUUACCGGAACUUGUGGUCCUGUCAAUGGUGUGGUCUCAUCUGGUUCUGAAGCAGGCUCAUCAUCGGCCCCUGCAGGAAGUUCGAGCGGCGAAAGCUCCGGUUCCCCAGUAGCUAGCGCACCAUCUGCCCCGGCAGUUAGUGCAUCGUCUGCUCCAGCACCUGUGGCUUCCUCAAGCACAACUCCGAUCUCAAUCGAAAUCAUUCCAACCACUCCAGCUUCUUCCACACUCAGCUCAGCAACCAUUGCCUCAACAUCUGCAGCUGUUUCCCCAACAGUUGGCGCCACCGCUCCCUCAUCCUCAGGAUCAUCUGGAGCCGUUCAGCCAUCAACCGACGGUCUCUGCUCUGGAGGCAAAACAUGUACCGGCUCAGGCUUUGGUCCAUGUUGCUCCCGAGACGGAUUCUGUGGAAUCGGCGAUGCUUGGUGUGGUGCUGGAUGUCAACCCGGCUUCGGAACUUGUGGCACUACCAUCAACUCAACUGCCGCCUCCAAUGCCAUCAGAAAAAUCAGAGGUAGAAGCGUCAGAGUUUAAGCGGUAAACUGAUUGAGUGGAUGGGUGGUUUGACUUAGGAUUCAAAUUAGAAUUAGAAGGAGCAAUCUUUGUAAGAUAGAAGUCUAUUUCAUCAUCUCUGCAAUGCAGAAAAUUUAUUAUUUUUGAAAAAAAGAAGAAAAAGUUUUAAAAUGAAGUAAUGUGAUAUAUAUUGGUGAUGUUAGUGAUAUUAGUGACGUGAUAGCUAGGGAGAGUAUAGCAAAUGACCCGUGAUGUCGCAGCUUGAAUGCAUAUGAUGGAAACUGGCAAUAAAACUAGAGAAUGUGGCAUUACUAAUGCCGAUAUAUAAUUCUGCUCGACUA